ACAUCGCAGAGAUCUAUCCGCUUCGGGGAACACACGCACCCUUAAAACCAGGAUGCAUUUGGCACAGGUGCUUUGGGUUUUUACACUUAUACGGCAUGCAAUAACGGAUCUCUCUCCAUCCGCUUGUACUAAACUGGAACUAGAUCACCUGAGGAGGAAAAGGGUGGAGGCAGUGCGGGGACAGAUCCUGAGCAAGCUGCGACUCAGCAGCCCCCCAGACGGACAUGUCGCCAAUGAGGUGCCGCCGCAAUUUCAAGCGCUGUUCAACAGCACCAAAAAACUUCUGGAGGAACUUAACAAGGAGCGGCGGCACAACUGCGGCAUUGCGAACCCCGAGGAUGAGUACUAUGCCAAGGAAGUCCUCAAAAUCAACAUGAUGGACGAACCGCCCGAGAACAGUGGCGCUCAUGAUUGUGCAAAGGAGAGUUCCAGAUUGUUCUUUUUCAACGUAACAAGCCUUGAGAGGAAUGCCAGCAGCCUGUUCCGUGCCAAGUUUCGGCUCCUGCGGGAACCAAACUCCAGGGCCAGGCAGAGUGAACAACGCAUCGAGCUCUACCAGAGACGUAAAGGUGAACAAGGUGUGUCAAACCGGCGCUACAUUGAUGGCAAGAAUGUCCAGACUAAAGGUGCCGUCGAGUGGAUCACAUUUGAUGUGACUGACACCAUCAGGGAGUGGCUGACGCAUCCAGAAAACAAUCUUGGUUUAGAGAUUGGCGUGCAUUGUCCAUGCCAGUCCUUCAAUCCAAAUGGUGACGCCAUCAACAAUGAAGAUGACAUACUGGAAGUAAAAUUCAAAGGUGUGGUGGACCAGGAGGAGAGGAAGCGGGGGGACCUGGGACGCCUGAAGAGGCAGCGAGAGGACAGUCUGCCGCACCUGAUCCUGAUGAUGCUGCCCGCACACCACUCUAGUACCAGGUCCAACCACCGCCGCAAACGGACCCUGGACACCAACUACUGUUUCUCUAACUAUGAGGAGAACUGCUGCGUCCGGUCGCUCUACAUCGACUUCCGACGCGACCUGGACUGGAGGUGGAUACACGAACCCAAGGGUUACUAUGCCAACUACUGCUCUGGGCCAUGCCCUUACAUGCAGAGCUCCGAUGCCACCCAUAGUACGCUGCUGAGUCUGUACCAGACGCUGAACCCCGACGCGUCCAUCUCCCCCUGCUGUGUCCCUCAGGAGAUGGAGCCCCUCACCAUCCUCUACUUCUCUGGCCGCAACCCGAAAGUGGAGCACCUCUCCAACAUGAUCGUCAAGUCCUGCCGCUGCAGCUGA